GCUCUUUUCAUGUCUUGCGGUGUACUUCCCAUAGGAUGUGGUCAUCGGCGACCACUUAUCAUACCCGGCGGUCGUGUCUUCGUGUGGCCACUCAUCCAAAAGGUUCAGAGGAUAUCGCUGAACGCAAUGUGUCUGACCAUCGAGUCAUCGCGAGUGCACAGCCGCCACGGAGUGGUGAUAUCAAUGACGGGAACAGCUGUGGUGAAGAUCCCCGGCCACUACCCUGACAUGUUGAGCGCCGCCUGCGAGCACUUCUUAGGCAAAUCAGAGCCGCAGAUAAUGGACGCCAUCUCUGAGACACUGGACGGACACCAGAGAGCUGUCAUCGCCUCCAUGAGCGUCGAGCAGAUCCACACGAAUCUCAAGAACUUCACGGAUAAGGUGUCAGACGGGGCUGCGAGUGAUUUGGCGCACAUGGGGUUUGUUAUCAUCUCGUAUACCAUCAAAGCCAUCACUGACGGGGACGGGUAUCUCAAAGCACUCGGACUGACACGCGCUGCAGAAGUGAAGAGAGACGGACGCGUGGCUGAGGCCGAGGCCGCGAGGGAUACGCUCAUAGGGAAGGCGUUGGCGGAACAGGAGCUGAUGUCCGCCCGCUAUGCGAACGGCACACAAAUAGCUAAAUCCCGGGCCGAUUGUGAGCUUAAAAAGGCUGCCUUUGAUGAGGAGGUGUGGGCUAUGAUGGCUGUGUCGGACCUGUCCUACGAUCUACAGGCGGCCAAAACGCGGCAACGCAUUAAAGCCGAGCAAAUGGAGGUAAAACUGGUAGAGAAACUGCAACAGAUCCGGGAGCAGGAACUGGAUGUCGUGCGCCGGGAGAGGGAGUUGAAGGCAACGGUGCGACUGCCAGCCGAAGCCGAGAAGUACCGGUUGGAGAGGUUGGCCGACGCGCACAGGAAUCACAUGAUUAUGUCGGCUGAAGGAGAGGCAGAAGCCAUA